AUGGAGUCCACAGAAGCGACGAAGCCCGAAUCCCGCGACACCAUGUUUCGGCCACCCGUGAACCGAGCGAUGCGCACGCUCGACCGAUCUUUUUUCCGAAAAACCGUGCCCCUCUCCGCCGCCCGCAUUUUCAAGCCCAGCGACAUUUCAAAUGUCCGGAAACAACUGUCUAAAUCCGAUCUGCUGGUUCUGCCGCGCGUGAACUCUGUUCGCGAGGUCACGGAGCAGGAUGGUUCGGUUCGGAAGGCCUUGUUGCUGAAGGAGAACAAGACAACAUGGUCGCCUACUAUGCAGGGACUUGUUGAGAAGGGGACUGUGGCUGUUGGGCCUUAUGAUCUUACGCUGGAAUAUGACCAUUGGACAUACGCUGAUAUUAUUGCUUCCAUCCUGCCUGAGGAUCUGAUGGAAGAGAUGCCCCAGGGUUUCACGCAGGUGGGACAUGUCCUGCACAUCAACCUCCGCGAGCGAUACCUCCCAUAUAAGCAUAUCAUUGCCGAGAUCCUGAUGGACAAGAACGCCAGCAUCCGCACCGUCAUCAACAAGAUCGAAGAUGUCGGCUCCCAGAGCGUGUUCCGCACCUUCCCCUUCGAACUCCUCGCUGGUGAAAAUGACCUGAACGUAGUCCAGCACGAGCAAGACUGUGAAUUCCACUUCGAUUACGCCCGCGUCUACUGGAACAGUCGCCUGGAGACCGAGCACCGUCGUCUCGUCGAGAAAUUCCGCCCCAGCGAGAUGGUCUGCGAUGUGAUGGCCGGCGUUGGCCCCUUCGCCGUGCCAGCAGGCAAGAAGAAGAUCUUUGUCUGGGGUAAUGACCUCAACCCGCACGGAUACGAAGUGAUGCAAGAUGCCGUCGUGCGUAAUAAAGUCCGGGACUUCGUUACCCCGUUCAACAUGGACGGCCGUGAAUUCAUCCGAACCUCAGGCCAGAAAUUGCUGGACGCCAAGCCUCUCACUGUCACCCUUCAGCAAAAGAUUCGCAGAGACAAGAAGCGCAAGAUCGAAGCUGGCGAGGAGAAGCCCCUGCCUCCCCCUCAGACCUUUACUCGGCCCAAGGUUGUCGAUCACUAUGUGAUGAACCUACCCGCUACAGCUAUCGAGUUCCUCGACGCGUUCUCCGGCCUGUAUGCUGGGAAGGAAGAGCUGUUCACUCCUGCCACGGGCCAGAAACUGCCCAUGGUUCACGUUUACUGUUUCUCGGGGCACUCUGAGAACGAGGUCGAUGAUCACAUCGAUAUUUGCGAGAGAGUCUCUGAGCGCCUGGGGUACAAGAUUACCGUUGAUGACUGCGUGGGCGGCAGUGGCGACGAGGGCAUUGAGCUCGCCAUUCACAAUGUCCGACUGGUCAGUCCUAAGAAGCAGAUGUUCUGCGCUAGCUUCCGUCUGCCGCGCGAUGUCGCAUUCCGAAAAGUAUAG